CUUGUACGCACGGCGCAGGUAGCUCCCACGCGCACACAACAACAACAACAGCAGCUAAGCUAAGCCCACCAGACAGCAACAUGGUCGAGGAGGAGGCCAAGAAGGUGGAGGGGGAGGUGACCCCGGAUCCCGAGGCGGCGCCCGCGGCCACCGCGCCAGCGCCCGCGGAGCUGGAGGCGGAGGCGGCAAAGGAGGACGUUGCCGAGGAGAAGGCCGUCAUCCCCGUGACCGAGCCACCGGCCGCGGAGGAGAAGCCGCCGGCCGACGACUCCAAGGCUCUCGCCAUCGUCGAGAAGGUUGCAGAUGAACCUGCUGCUGAGAAGUCUGCACCUGAGAAGCAAGGGGGCUCCAAUGAUAGAGAUAUCGCUCUUGCAAGGGUGGAAACGGAGAAGAGGAACUCCUUGAUAAAAGCAUGGGAGGAGAAUGAGAAGACAAAAGCUGAGAACAAGGCUGCUAAGAAAUUAUCUGCUAUUCUUUCAUGGGAGAACACAAAGAAAGCGAACAUAGAAGCUCAACUGAAGAAGAUCGAGGAGCAACUAGAAAAGAAAAAGGCUGAAUACGCUGAGAAAAUGAAGAACAAGGCUGCAAUCAUCCACAAGGAAGCCGAAGAGAAGCGAGCAAUGGUCGAGGCAAAGCGUGGUGAGGAAGUCCUGAAGGCCGAGGAGAUGUCUGCCAAGUACCGCGCCACCGGCCUUGCUCCCAAGAAACUCAUCGGGUGCUUUGGGGUAUAAGAAACUUUCGAAGUUACAACGAGCAUAAGGAACAUCCCAAGUUACAACGAGCAAAAGUGUGAAAACGUUCAUAUGUGGUUGCUUGCUUCUUUUGCCUGUGUAGUGUGUCUCCGGUGCAAGGAAAUCGUUCCUGGUGUGUAAAGUCUACUGUUGCGUAUAUACACAUUACUUCCAAGACAGACGUUUGGUGAUGUACAUCUUGAUGCUUGAAAGCAGCAUUCUUAUGUGUAGUUAAGAAGUCACAUUGUUGUUGUUUUUGUUGACAUUUAAACAGACAUUUUGUUCUUCUCCUUGUGUUGUUUUUGUUGACAUUUAAACAGACAUUUUGUUCU